AUCGCGACCCUGGAUCCCCUGCGCACAAGGUUGUGAGCGGCUGCUCGGGCCUCCCAACCCCCAAGAGAGCGCCGCCUACGGCAUUUUACCAUGGCUCACACCCGAGAGCCUGUCCAGAACCCUGCGUUGAAAAACGAUAAUGCCUUCUCGGGAAAGGUGCGGGGUUCCAAGAAAUUGCCCUAUAUGAAGACAGUUUACUUUGCUCAGCAACAGGAACCCUGGCGUCGACUCAGCAUGAUUCCCACGAUCACCUCUCUGCGAAGGGAUAUUUACUAUUAUGAUCCUCAGAUUCCGAAGGAUGACCUGGAUUUCCGCUUAUCCGCUUUGUACAACCAACACACUGGGAUGUUCAGCAACAAAAAUGAGAUACUGCUCCACCAGGACACCAUCACGGAUACCCAUGGAAUCGUGGCUCAGUCCCCUGGAGAAUGUUUAGCACCUGCCCCCCCACCCCCCAUCACUUCCCGAGCUAACAUUAGACACUGGAUCAACCCUAAAAAGGAAUCCAUCCACAGCAUCCAGGGAUCCAUAGUGUCCCCUCACACUGCAGCCACAAAUGGAGGCUACUCUCGAAAGACUGAUGGUGGCUUCUUCUCCACCUAAUGUUGACAGGUUCCUGGGCUAAGUAAUCAUGCUACACUGUCCUGCUCACCUCAUUAAAUAGAUUGGUGCAAGAUGAAGACUGAGGUGUCUGUUACCCAUGGACUGAGUUGCGACUGACUACUCUUUAAAACAUGGAAGGAAAGUUUCUCAACUUGUAGAAACUAGGCCUAUUGGGCCUAUUUGCAACUUGGAAAGUCAUCUUGCAGAAGAGAUAAGAAUUUAGUACAGAACAGAUCUGCUUUGCCCAGGAGACAGGUAUUUAUAUUUCAUAACCGGGAAUCAUCUCAUAUUUCCUACAAAACUUGUAUAUCAUCAGACACUGAGUUAAAUGUUGGGGAGGUAAUAAACACAGCCCAUUUUCCUAUUAAACUUCUAAACAUGUUAGUAACGUAAGGUACUAUUAAUAUUUUUGCUGAGGUCACACUUAGA